CUGAAGUGAACUACAGGGAGCGCAGCAGCUUUUCCCCGGACCUCAGGCGGAGAGUCCGCAGAGAGCGAUAGGAAGAAGGUAAGAGAGGAUCAAUCAGACACCCACGCUGUGAGACUCACGAAACAGCAGUAAAAGAAGAGGCAAAGCGGCGGCCGGGAGGCGAACGGAGCUGGAAGGGAAGAGGCGAGAGGAAGCGGGAGCCAUGCAGAGGCUUGGCGCAGUGCACUCCUCCGCGGCGCAGGCUCUCAGCCUCGUGGUCCUCCUGCUGCAGCUGCUGACUCAGCUGCCCGGUGCCGACUCAGCUCUCCGGUACCGGGUGGCGGAGGAGGGCCCGCCUGACGUCAAGAUCGGCAAUGUCGCGGCCGACCUGGGCCUCACGGCGGGGACGGGCAGCGGGGAUGUCACCUUCGCCCUGGAGAGCGGCUCAGAGUACUUCAAGAUUGACAACGUGACAGGUGAGCUGACGACGGGACCGAGGCGCAUCGACAGGGAGAAGCUGCCACAGUGCCAGAUGAUCUUCGAUGAGAACGAGUGUUUCUUGGACUUUGAGGUGUCGGUGAUCGGGCCGCUGCAGAGCUGGGUUGACCUAUUUGAGGGAAGAGUUGUCAUAACAGACAUCAACGACAACACACCUUCCUUCCCCUCACCUGUCCUCCAGCUCUCAGUGGAGGAGAACCGUCCGAUAGGAACCCUUUACCUGCUCCCCACUGCAACAGACAGGGAUUUUGGGCGAAAUGGGAUUGACCGCUAUGAACUUAUCCAAGAUGGAGGAGCUGGGUCAAGUUCGACCAGGCGCACAGCUGGAGGAAACCCCAUCGCCAGAGUGGAUGGACUUGCUGACCGUAGGGGCAGAAGUGGAGAUAAUGGAGGAGCCAGGAGCACCGUGUUUGAACUGCAAGUCGCAGAUAUCCCAGAUGGUGAGAAGCAGCCACAGCUCAUUGUGAAAGGCACGCUGGACCGAGAGCAGAAAGACUCAUACGAACUUGUCCUCAGGGUUAGAGAUGGAGGAAACCCAGCACGGUCCUCCCAGGCCCUGCUGCGUGUUUCCAUCACUGAUGUGAAUGACAACAGCCCGCAGUUCGAAAGGUCUACUUAUGAGGCGGAGAUGGCAGAAAACGCUCCUCCUGGCACACCUGUCCUGCAGGUCAGAGCUUCAGAUCGAGACAUAGGAGUAAAUGGGCAGGUGGAGUAUGUUUUUGGAGCUGCCACUGAAUCCGUUAGAAGACUCCUGCGGCUGGACGAGGCCACUGGGUGGCUCAGCGUUCUCCACAGGAUCGACAGAGAAGAAGUGGCACAGCUCAGGUUCACAGUGACAGCCAGAGACAGGGGCCAGCCUCCACGCACCGACCGAACCACCGUAGUGCUGGCUGUUCGGGACGAAAACGACAACGUCCCGUCUGUGGAGAUCCGAAAGAUUGGGCGCAUCCCCGUUCGGGAUGGGGCGGCACUAGUGCCAGAAAAUGUUCUGGUGGACACACCAGUGGCUCUGGUUCAGGUUUCAGAUCGAGACCAGGGAGAGAACGGGGCUGUGACGUGUACAGUUGUGGGAGACGUCCCAUUCACGUUGAAGCCGGCCGGUGAAACAGCUCUCCCACCCCUGCCUGCUGAUGAAGCCUUCGACAGGAACAAGAAAAAGUACUUCUUGCAUACUUCUGCCUUGCUGGACUAUGAGGCCACAAAAGAAUACAGCGUAACAAUUGUGGCAGUAGAUUCAGGCAGCCCCAGUCUGUCCAGUAACAGCUCACUGAUGGUACGAGUGGUCGAUAUCAAUGACCAUGCUCCGACCUUCGCCCAGAGUGUUGUUGAAGUCCACUUCGCCGAGAACAAUUCCCCCGGGGAAAGAGUCGUCACCGUUGUAGCUACGGACGCAGACAGCGGCAAGAAUGCAGAGAUCGCAUACUCUCUGGAUCCAGCCGGCGGGCCGUUUUAUAUUGACGCCGACAAUGGCGACAUCCGAGCCACUGGGGUUCUGGACCGGGAACAGCGAGAGAGGUAUGAACUACGGGUGAUUGCGAAGGACAAGGGCACCCCCUCUCUGCAAGGCUCUGCCACCGUCGUUGUCCAGGUGACCGACCGCAAUGACAACGCGCCAAAGUUUGUUCAGGAAAUUUUCACUUUCUACGUCAAGGAGAACCUGCUCGCCAACAGCCCAGUUGGCAUGGUCACCGUGACCGACGCAGACGAGGGCGAAAACGCAGAGCUUAGUCUGUUUGUGGAAAUGGAUGGCGCCGAUGAGAAGACAGGAGAGAAGACGGACGGAGGGGAUGGUGAGAAAGAGCAAGAGGAGGUGUUCUCAAUCGAGAACAACACAGGAACUAUCUUCUCUUCUGCCUCGUUUGACCGUGAAAAGCUUUCCACCUACACCUUUCGUGUCCGGGCUGUGGACGGAGGCGAGCCAAGAAAAACCGCCACCGCCACAGUCUCACUUUUUGUGACAGACGAAAAUGACAACGCCCCCUCAAUCACCUCCCCGGCCAACGAGUCCUACACCCUCCUCCCACCCGCCAGCAGUGCCCGCACCAUUGUCAGGACUGUAACAGCCAUAGACUCAGACACAGGCCCGAAUGCCGACCUUCACUACACUCUAGUGGGGGGAAAUCCCUUUAGACUGUUUGAGAUUGGCCACACUAAUGGAGUGAUCACCCUGGCAGAGCCCUUGGAGCGGCGCCACCGAGGUCUACAUCGCCUGGUGGUCCGAGUCAACGACAGUGGCAUCCCUUCUCUCUGUGCCACCGCACUGGUUCAUGUCUUCAUUAACGAGAGCCUGGCUAAUGCCACACUGGUGGACGGACAGGUGGCCCGAAGCCUAAUGGCUCCACUGUCGCUGGACAUUGCAGGAGACCCAGACAGUGAGCGUGCUCUGGGGAAACAGCGCCUCAGCGUCGCCAUCGGUGUCCUGGCGGGAGCCGCGGCGGUCAUCCUGGUUAUUCUUCUUGUGGUCACGGCCCGGCAGUGCGGCGCUCAGGGUAAGAACGGCUACGAGGCCGGUAAGAAGGAGCCGGAAGAGGACUUCUUCAGCCCCUCGGGAGCUCAGCCACAGGUUAGCCGCGGCGGAGGAUCGGACCGUGGACGCAAACCACGGCGUGACAAACGCAACGGAAGCGGUGGCAGCGCUGCUGCGGGAGGAGGGAAGUCAGACCGAUCGCUCUACAGCGGCAUUGUCACCGUCAACGGAUUGCGUCGCCACGCCAACGAUGAAGACGAGGAGGAUCUGAGCAGCGCCAGCGAGCGCCUGGCUGCCCGUUACUGCGCCGUGGACGGUGACCCCGGCAGCCCCAGGAUGGGCGGGGGCAGGAGGCACCAGUCAAGCCCAGAUCUGGCCAGGCACUAUAAAUCCAGCUCGCCUCUACCUGCGGUGAACCUGCAGCCUCACUCACCUCCGGCCGAGGGGAAGAAGCACCAGGCGGUCCAGGAGCUGCCGCCCUCCAACACCUUUGUGGGGAGCGGUGGAUGCGUGGGGAGCGCUGGCUCCAGCAGCAGCAGUAGUGGGGGCAGCGGCAAUGCAGACGCCAUGUCUCUGGGAUCUGACCAGUGCUCAGAGUACGGCUGCCAGACUGGAAACAAGUACAGCAAACAGGGGACCCUCCGCCGGGUGACCUUCUCGGUGGUGAGCCAGCCCCAGGACGGCGGUUGCUAUGACAGCGGCCUGGAGGACUCGGAGACGCCGAGCAGCAAGAGUUCGACCGGGCCGCGGUUGGGAUCCCUGCCGCUUCCCGAGGAGGGCUACGAGCGGACCACCCCGGAGGGCAGCGUCGGGGAGGAGGAGCACGUGGAGAAUGAUGCCAGGCAGCUUCCAGAUGUGGCUCUAACGGGAAAGUGCACCAGGGAGUGUGAUGAGUUCGGCCACUCGGACACGUGCUGGAUGCCGGUCCGCGCCUCGCCGCGGCAGCGCCAACGCCACGGCAGCGACCCGCCGCGACUCUCUACCUUCGCCCCGGGAGACGACAACAACAACCUGCGCGGCAACGACCACGAGAGCGACAGCGAAAGCGCCGGCAGCGCUGGGAGCUCCGAGCCAGGGGUGGUCGGCAGCGGCGGCGAAGGUCAGCGAUUACCUUUGGUCAACGGGGAUCCGCUGGGCACCCUGGGCAGGGGAGACCGCAACAGAAACAUGGGCGAUCACAACCGCAACCUUCUGAACCGCAAGAUGACCUCGGCGUCCUACGACACGUUCAGCAGCGCCGGCUUCGGGAGGCGCCAGCCGGAGGAAGACGGAGGAGAAGGCCAGAACCCCCCCGAAGUCAUACCGCUGACGCGGACAGGCGGGGACUACAAGACCACGUCCUGCCUCACGCUGUCCCGCCGUGAGGUCUACCUGUGAUGGCCUUGCAGCGGAGCAGUUCAACCUGGACUGUCCCCCCUUUUUUAAACCACCGAAGAGGGAAUCGCUCAAACUUUACUGACAAGACAUCAGCACUGACUGACUUUCCAUCUGUGAAGGUGUGAACAUUUCAGAAAAGAGGCUCGCCAAAAGUUAAUCUCAAACUGGAACUUUUGGAUUCCGAGUAAUAUUUAUAGGCACUUAAACUGGAGCCGAAUGGAUCAACUCUUUUCAGAGCUCUAAUCUGGAGUACUUAUUCUUUUUUUUAAAGGAAAAAAACCCUUUUUUUAUCUACUCGUAAAAGUUACCUACAGGCAAAAAUCCUACAAUGUCCAUGUGGAGGAGGACAGUCUUCUCUUCUUUUUACCUGGAUCCAAUGCAUGCCUGAACCUUUGCAACAGAGGAAUUUGUGUGAAGGAGAAAGAAGCAGGAGAUCGAGACUUUAUGAAUCCUGAUGCUAUAAAUGCUUUGGUGCAUUUAAAGCUGAGGCUGCGGCAGGCCGGAUCUGAACUCUACUGAACCAUCUGCUGAGAAACACCACUGAGGUUUCAUCCACUGAAAAUAGAUAAGGAGAAGUAACGGGUCUUUGAUUGAGUUAUUUGGAUCUAAUUCAAGCCAAUCAAACUUUCUAAUGCUUAAUCAACUGUAUCAUAACACGAGAGGGAGGGGUGUUAACCAAUCAAACUGCUAAUCCCACGAGGAUCUCAAACAGAAUAAGUACAACCGAGUGUGGCCACUGUACAGUUACGAACUAGAAAAAAAAAAUCCUGAUAUGAAACAUCAGGUUUUGUUCUUUUAAAGACGUACGUGAUUCAGAACAAACAGCAACAAUGUGAAAACAAAGACUUUUUUUUUUUUUUUUUUUUACAAUGAUCAAAUGUAACUGUUCAGAAUACAAGAUUCUCAUAGAGUGUCAGUAGUGCCACAGUACUCCAGCGUGUGUGAAAAUACCUGUUUAUUAAUUUUCUUUGGGACCCAGUCUGUAUGUAUAUACUGUAUGUGUGUAUUUGACGGAACGGCAGCGUUAAUGUCUUUGCUGCUGUCCGCAGAUCCAGAGGAGACUGAGGUGCUGAGUUCAUUAUACAUCUACAAUAUCUUAGCGAUGUUCAUGUAUGAUAAGUGUUCUUGCACACAAGCACACACAAAUGCACACCCACACACACACACACACACACACACACACACACACACACACACACACACACACGCAUGCGGCACUUACAAACAUAUACACACACGCACACACACACAUACAUACACACAGACCUGAGCAUGUAAACACGUACGGUGCAUUUACAGAAUGUGAACAUGCUUUGGGCCACAGUUUAUGACAUGAUUCAGUGGCUGUGUAACAUAAAGUAUAUAAUAAACUGCAUUAACUCUAAUACAUGAUAACUGAGCACACACAACUCAUGCACACACACACACACACACACACACACACACACACACACACACACAAACACGAAAAUGCAUAUGGAUACAUAUUAAGAUAUACACAAUGCGCAGUUCAUAUGCACUAUGUCUUUUUAUUCAUAUUUUUUUAUUUUACAUAUUGCCUCAUUGAAUUAGCUGUAGCAUUUUGCCUGCUCCCCUCCAGCCAGUAUUUAAACAUGAAAUGUAUUUAAAUAAUUACUCAUCUUUCUGACUGAUGUGUGAGGCUACAUUAAAGGGAAUUUCAACGCCAUCAACUGUAACUACUGAUAGACGAUGUGGAAAUAGGAGAUAUUCUGCAUACACACUGUAAGUAGGACUCAUAGAAAAAAAAAAAAAACAAAUUUCUGUAAUUUCUCUUAGAAAAAAAAAGGAAAGGAAAAAGAGACUCUGCAUGAAGGGAAGAUAAUGCAAACUUUUUUUCUCUCUUUUUUAAGCCACGCUUUUUUAGAUACCACGCCUAUUUGGAUACAUGCGUACGAAGUGUGUGCUUACGGGGAAGUGGAGAUAAUGAUGGCAGCGAGGGAGUUUGCUUCAGUGGAUGAAUAUAUAUAUAUAUAUGUUAUUUCUUUGUUGAGGAGUGAGUUUGGAGUAACCUUGGGCCUUUUUUUUUCACUUUCGACUUCCCAGAGCUGGCGUGAAGGAUGCCACUGGCUAUUUGAGAAAAAGAAAAAAAAAAAACAGACAAUGUUGCAGGAGUGCAGAGUUGAGCUGCGACCUGUUUCACCACGCAGUGCUGACCUGAACACGCCCAUACUGCUGUGCUGAACUGCACAGAUAACAGACUCCUUCACGUUCGUCCUUCCCAACAGCUACUGCACGACUUCCGACAUGCGCUGCUGCAUUGGGCUAAAGAGUGGGUGUGGAUCGAGGCCAACGCAUCUUAAUUCCCAUCAUCAGCGUGUGGCUCAGUAGUGUGAUAGGGAUAAUAGGGUUAGGUCGUCCCUGUGGUCUUAAUGAGUUUCCUUUCUCCUCUCUUCUUCUCCCUUGAUCUGCACUGAUCUCAUUAAUGUCUGGAUAGGCGAAUGUAACACUGCUGGAAUUUGCCAGUAAACGUGUCUCUUAAAAAAUUUUUUUGGGGGGGAAGAUGUGGUUCAGAUGAGGCAGAGGCGACGACCCUCUUAAGGGAAAGUUAAAAAGAAAAAAAAACUCAGGUGUGCCACAGUGUUUAACCCAGUCACACUGCUGCUGCUUGACUGAACGGUAAAAAAAAGAAAAAGAAAAAGCAGCAACUCUCAUGACACCUUCUUACCUUUUACAGUCGAGAUGGGACACGCUCCGCAGUUUAUAUACCUGUAUAUACUUUCAACUUUACAACUCUGUUAAUCAAACCCACUGAUGUAUUUACUCCCAUAAGCUGUCAUUACCCCCAAAUCCCCCCCCCAAGACGUGGCUGUUUGCCAAGCUCCGUUUCUGAAAGACUGCUGAGGAUGUAAAGGAAUUCAAGCCUGUUCUUGAAGACGACUCUGAAAAGGUGACCGACCGAAAACAAUCACAUUAUCUUGCAUCAUGCAAAUGCAUUUGCUGAGAGAUUACAACAACAACAACAACAACAA